AUGUCAAAUAACAAGGAAAGAUAUAAUGGGCAGAAAUAGUAACGCUAAGAACCUAAGGAAUCAUAACCAACUAAUGAAAUUAAAAAAGAAAAAUUCAUUAAUAAAACAAAAAUAAAUGAUUCCCCUUUCGAUUAGAAAAUUGAAGUCAAAUACUUUAAAAAAGCUGUCUCAUAAAAAUCAACCACGAUUAUAGAUAAAUAGAGAAUUGAUUCUCAAAUAAUCUAACCAAAUUAAACAAUGAAGGAAAGUAUGAAAUCAUCAAACUAAUCAAAAUCUGUAUAGAGAUCUGUAAAUAAAAGCAACACUCAUUACUAAGCUAUUCCUAUUACAUAAGAUCAUUUAUUGUCAAAUCGAAUCAUUAAGGAAGAAUAAUCAGAAUCAGAAAUAAAUAAUACAUUUAAUAUUGAAUAGGAACAUUCAAUAAUAAAAUUAAAUGAACAAUAUUAAAGAUAGGCUUCUAAAAAGGCCUUUUUAUAAUUAGAGGAAUUAGAAAAUAAUUAGGAUCAAAUGCAAGAUAAAAAUGAAUAAAUUAAAUUUUUUGAAAAUAGUAAAAUAUAGAGAGAUGAUAAAGAUUAAGAAGAUAAAAAAUAAAAUGAUGAUGAUGAUGAAGAAUUAAAUAAUAGUUAAUAAUUUGAUUUCAAUCCUGAACUUGAAUACUAAUUAAUGAUAGAAUAGAAAAAUUUGAAUCAUUCUAUUGAUUUAAGAGUUUCACACAAUUUUCAAUGGAUUAUAAAAGAAAUUUAUUAUUAUUAAGAUUAGCAUAAAUUAUUAUUUAUUCGAAAAUUAUUAUUUGCUGUUAUUAUUUCAUUAGAAAUUUUAAGCUACAAAUUACUAUAAUCAACAGUUUUUGAUUUGUAUGAAAUGUUCGUUACCGUAGCAAAUAUAGUCUUAUUUUUAAAUAGAUCUUCAUAAGAGUCUAAUAAAAUUAGUGAAUACUAAUACUUAUUUUGUGUAUUAUAUUUUAUUGACGCUAUUAUACAUUUAGCAGGAUAAGGUUUUAAAAAAUACAUCUAAUCAUUUUGGAAUAUAUAUGAUUUGAUAAUUCUCAUUCUUUAUUUAUUAUACAUUCUCUAGAACCAUUAUAUUCCAUUUGAUGUAUCCACAUUUAGAUUAAUAAGAAUACCAAUAUAUGUUGGACGAAUAAGUAAUAAAUUAAAUAUCAUAUUAUUAUCAAUAAAAGAAGCAGUAAAGUAAAUAGUAGAAAAUCUGUUGAUAUUAAUUCUAUUCACAAUAUUGAUAGCAAUAUUCAUGCUAUAUGCUUUUAAUGGAGUAUUAAAAUAUCGAUGUAUGCAUGAAGAACUUGGAAUUUUUUCAUUAAAUCCUUAUGAAAUAGAAGUAUGUGGAUAUAAAGAAUGUAUUAAUGGUUUUGUUUGUGCAAGACAAUUAUAGAGUAUUGAUGUCCCAACUAAUUUUGAUAAUAUUCUUUUUGCUUAUUUCUAAACUAUUCGAACUAGUAUUGUAAAUGAUUGGACAAUAACUAUGUAUAUGCUAAUGAAAUAAUUCAAUCCUUUUGUUUGCAUACUAUAUGUAUUUAUCAUUUUUGCAAUUAAUAAAUUUUAUUUUCAGCUUUUAAUAGCAGUACUAAAAGUCAACUAUCACAAAACUUAAGAAUAUUAUAUAAAUAAUCCAGUAAUACCAGAAUUUUCUGAAAAUUAAAUUAAAAUUACUUUAUCUUCAUUAUUAGAUAAUGAUAUGUGGAAAACUAUUAAAAAUUAAAUAUCCAAUUAUCAAAAUAAAAACUUUAUUUUUGAUAUACAAUCAAAAGGAGAUCAAAAAAACAAGAAAUAAAAGUUUAAAAUCUAAAUAAAUUAAGAACAUAAUAAUGUUAAACUCUUAUCUGCAAGGCAAUAGAUUGAUCUUUAAAACAUUAGAGAAUAAAUUUUUAAAUAAAAUACUCAUGAAUCUUGGAUUAUUCCUUUUUUAAUUCCCAAUCAUUAAUUGCAAUUUUAAAUAUAACAAAUUAUUAAUUAGAAUGAAAAUAAAUUUUAUAAUUUAGAAACUUUCUACACUCUUAAAAGUCUUGAUUAUUUAAGUAUUUAUAAAAAUAUUCGAUAUGAUGAAUCCUAUGAAUUUACAUCUAUUUAAGAUAUUUAAUUGUAAAUUAAUCCAAAAAUGAAAUAAUAAGAUAAAAAAAAAGUUAUAAAAAAAUAACAUCUACAUCAAUAAUAUAUUGUUAUUUAAAAAAUAUAAAAUAACAUAAAAAAUAAUGAAAAACCAAAAUUAAAAUUUCCUUUUAGAAGCAAGAAAAUAAAUAUUGAUAGUGAAGCAGAAUUUUUUGAAAGUUUAGCAAAUUCAAGUAUAGAUGAAAGUAGUUAAGACUCAAAAAGUUCUCCAAAAAAUAAUUAUGAUCAUUUUCAAUCAUAAAAUCUGGGAAACAAUAUUUUUGUAAUACCCUCUUAAUAGGAAAUAAAAAAAAAGAAUUCUUACCUUCAUAAGUAUUAAGGUUAAAAAUUGAUAAAAACGCAUUCCUAAAGUAAAGCAAACAUAAAUCAAAAUUAAUUUAAUCUUAAAUAUAAUGAAGUUGUUGAAAUCUUAAAUGUUGAACUAAAAAAUGAAACUAUAUAAAUACCUAAUAAUGAAGAGGCAUAUGAAGAAUUAAAUAUUUAAUCUUAAGAAGGAGUUUACCUCUCUUAUUGGUCUGGUAAUGAUUUGGUUGAAAAACUAUAAUUUGAAUAUUUGCUUUAAUAUCUAAAUAAAUAAUGGAAAUAUUAUUUUUUAAAGGGAAUACGUUUUUAUCUAAGCAAGAUUUAAUAUUAAUUAUAUUAUUUCAUUACUAAUUAAAUUAUUUAAAUAGUAUUAGAUGGACUAGUUUGUUUAAAUAUUUUGAUUUUAACAUUUUCUGAUUUUUAUGAAUAAAUAAUAGCUGAUUACUUUGAUUUGAUAAUUACAUUACUUUUAUUUUUGGAAACAAUAUUAAAGCUUUUGACAAUUCAUAAUUAUUUGUACAAAUUAACAAAUUUUUUGAGUAUAAUAAUUAUAACAUUUGUUCUAAUAGAAAGAUUAUUUUUUUUUUCACUUUAUCAUUCAGAAGAACCGAAAUUCGAAAUAUUUACAUACAUAAGAAUUUUAAAAUCACUUUUUUUUUUUAGGGUAAUUAAAUAUAAUACAUUUGCAUAAAAUAUGAUGAUGAUAUCAUAUUAAACAUUUCCAAAUUAUGCAGUAAUGGCAUUAUUGCUUUUUUUUUUAAUUUUAAAUUAUGCCAUAUUUUCACUAUAAAUAUUUGAUUUUCCUGAAACAGCUGAAUUAAAAAUGUAUCAUUAUUUUGGAAAUAUUUAUUAAUCAUGGAUAGCUGUCUAUGAUAUAUCAACUGGAGAUGAUUGGUAUGGAGUAGUUAUUCUCAGUACUACUUAUGGAAUAUAUUAUAUAGGUUUCCUAUUUUGCAUUUCUUUAGUAUUUAUUGUUAAUUAUUUUGGUUUUGGAUUAUCUUUUGUGAUUAUUCUGGAUGGCUUUGCAAAUUAUUUAGAUACUGCAAAAGAAACAUAAUAAUAAUAAAAAGAGGAAAAGGAAGAAAGCCUAAUGUUAGAUUUUAAUCAUUAAGGAUCAGAAUUUAAAAAAGAAAGUAAAUAAAAAAAAGAUAAUAACAAUAUAUCUAUGAAAAGUUUACUAGAAACUUUAAUUGAGCCAGAAAAUAAGGAAAAAUAUCAUAACAUUUAAAAUGAAUACUCAUUGUUUAUUAUUUAAAAAAAUAAUUCUUUAAGAAAGUUAUGUUUUCUUAUAACUGAAAUUUAUCCUCUUAAAAUAUUAUUAGGUUUAGUAUUAUGGAGUAGUUUAAUUAAUUUAAUUUUGAUUACUUAUUAUGAUGAAAUAAACACAAAUUUUUGGAAUAGCUUCGAAAUUAUAUAAUGUCUCUUUAAUUUAUUAAUAUUAAUAGAUGCAAUAAUAUAAAUAAUUACAUAUGGAGCUAUUGCAUAAGAUGGAUACUUUAGUAGUAUUUGGGUUAGUAUAGAUUUUGUAUAUGUAGUUAGUUAUUUUUUGUAUUUAGCAUCUAAUCAUACUGCAUUAAAAUGGAUUUUAUAUUUGGGUUAUUUACGUCCACUUAAAGUAACAUCUACUUAUGGAUUUUUUGUUAAUGAAAGAGGGGCUAUUAUGAAAUCAUUUUCUGAUAUCUUAAGAAUAUUCUAUGUUAUUUUGCUUUUUUGGUUUAUCUUUGCUAUUUUUGGAAUGACUAUAUAUAAAGAUAAACUUGGUUAUUGUGAUUCAUAUUUUAAUUAUGGAGUAGGAAGAUCAGAAUGUUAAGGGGAAUGGAAAAUUUACCCUCAUAAUUUUAAUAAUAUUAUUGAAGCUAUGCAAUCAUUAUUUGUUAUCUCUACACUUGAUGGUUGGGGUAUAACUUUUUUUGUUUGUAUUAACAGUGCUUCAGAUAAAACAGGACCAAUAAGAUUUAAUAAUGAAUGGAUUUCUUAUUUAUUUUUUUUUAGUUUUACUUUUAUAGGGGCACUGUUUUUCUUAUAGUUUUUUGCAGGAGUUAUUUUUGUGAACUUUUAAUAAAAUAAAUAGUAAUUGUUGAAUCCAGAUUUAACUCUAGAUUAAGAAUUAUUCUUAAAACUAACUGAAAUUAUUAUGUUGGAAACUCCUAAUUAUUCUAAACCUCCAAAAAAAGGAUUAAGACUAAAAGCCUAAAAACUUUUAGAAAAUUCAACUUAUAGCUUAAUUACAAAACUAAGCUUAAUUUUAAAUUUAUGUAAUAAAAGAUUUAUUAAUUUUAGUUACUUUAAUGCUUUUUUUUGAAUAGGGUAGUGCUGGAUUUUUAAAUAGUUUAAAUUGGCUUAAUCAUUUUUUUAGCUUGAUUUUAUUAAUAGAUUGCACUUUGAAAUUGUUUACUUAUCAUAUUAAAAGAUACUUUGACGAUAUUUGGAGAUAAAUGCAAUUAAUUUUUGUUUUAUUGGCUUUAUUUGAUUUCUACAUUGAUAUUUAAUUUAAUUUUUAUAUGAGAUAUGCUAGAGCAAGCAGAGAUGAUCCAUAUUUUAUAUGGUUAAGAGUUUUUAUAUUAAAUAGAUGUUUAAGAAUGUCUUUAAUUAUUUAAUAAUUCACAAGAAUACGUAAACUAUUAAAUGUCAUCUAUUUCAAUAAAAUGGCAAUCUUGAGAAUUUUAGGAUUAUUUAUAACUGUUUUAUCAUGCUAUUCAUAUAUAGGUUGUGCACUUUUUGGAGAAGCUGAUUCAGGAUCAAUACUAAAUGAUUAAUUAAAUUAUAAUAAUUUUUUUUUUGGUUUACUUGCUAGUUUUAAAUGCACAACAGAAAAUGGAUGGAGAUUUAUUUUUGUAGACUCGUAGAAUUUUAUGAAAGAAAAUUAAAAAUCAUGGAUUUUAGCAUCUAUAUUUUAUUAUAGCUUAAUAUUUAUUGGAGCUAGAGUAUUGAUGAAUUUAAUUGUUUGUGAAUUAGUAUAAGAAUUUGAAAAGUUUUAUGAUACUAGUAGUAGUUGUUUAGAAACUUAUGUAGAAACAAUUGAUAAAUUUCGAACUCUAUGGUGUAAAUAUACUGAAGAAUUUGAAGGCACUAAAAUGUAAACUAAGUACUUAGGAUAAUUCUUAUUAGAUUUAUAAGAACCAUUAGGAGCACAGAAAGGAGAUAACAUAUGGGAUGCAGCAAAAAAAGCAUCAAGUUUUGAAUUAAAAAAAGAUUUUGUAGGUUGUCUUACUUUUAGAAAUCUUUUAUAUGAGGUUUUUAAAUAAGCAUUUAAAGAAAGUAUAUUCAAAAUUACUACAGAGGCUGGAAAAACAAUUAUGAAAGAAAAUGAUAAAAAAAUAAAAUAUAGAUUAUACAAUUAAAGAUCUCAUCAUUUCAGAAGAGAAAGAGUCAAUGAGAAAGUAGAUAUAUAAAGUAAUUUUAAUAUUCUUUAAGAAUAUUUAUAUCUAUAUAUGGCUUUGAAAGCUUGGAAAAGUUUUUCAGAAUACUUUUUUAAUAUUGCAGGAGAAGUUUAAAAUACUAUAGAUUUUACAGAAAGUGAUGUAGAUGCUAAAAUAUCUGAAAUAGAAAGUGAGAAUAGUUAAACUGAUUAAUUAGAUUAUGAAGACUCUAAACAUGUAAUUAAAAGAAGGCCUACAAAAGAACAUUUAAGAAGACCAACAGAUGUUUAUAUUUUACCUUAUUAUGAUGAAAUCUAAUUUAAAGAAAAGAAUUACAAAUCUAUAUUAAAAGCUACUGAUUAAUAAUAGUAAAAAGUUUUUAAAUCUAUCUCUAUUAUUAAAAAAAAGGAGUAGUUAAUUUAAUAUAAAGAAUAUAAUAAAAGAAGAGAUGCUAUAGAUAAACCAAUUGCUUCAAGAAAUAGAUAUCAGUAUGGAUAUCAUGAAAGAGUCACAAGAUAAUAAUUAGAAGAAAAAUCUGAUAAUAGAUUACUUUCAAGAUUUGAUCCUACUAAAAUGCCCAGCUCUUAUAAUAUUACUAAAAUUGCUUCAAAAUUAAAAUGA